AUGGCAUCUCUGUUCCGCCGUGGGAUGCUGGUUUGUCACGUGUGCAGCCUUCGGCGCUGGGUCGUGGUCGCGGUGCUGGUCAGUGGCGCCAUGCUGGUCGCCUUCCAGCUGCACCUGGCCGUCCAGAAGACCGCGGUGCCUCCCUGGAUGACCGCUAGCCUUGGCCAGGGUGGACGCGAGAGCAGGACGGAGCGGGCACACCGCAUCAUGGAGCGACAGAUAUUCAGGAACAGAGAGGAAGCCGACCAUCGACACGACGACCCGCCCUCUUCGCAGUCGAGCCACAAGCUGCCCUGGUUCUUCACCAACGGCACCGAGUGGCCCCGACCGACGAGCAAGCUGUCGAGGCUCGGCAAUGUGUGGCCGGACCCGCAGUCACCACACGAUGAUCGCAUCGUGUCCCAACUCAUGUACCUGCCACCGGGAUACAAGGGACAGCCCAAGAGCAUCAACUCGUCCAUGAAGACCAUUCUUCUGGACGGCAGCUGGUACGACUUCUUGCAUGGCCAGGCGCUCUUCCUCCGUGACCGGUGUCCGGUGGACAAGUGUCGCGUCUACAAGGGCACUGCUUCCUCGAACGAUGCCUUGUCAGCGGACGCCAUCAUAUUUAAGGACAGCUACGGCUCCGGCCCCAAGAAGAGGAGGGGCAACCAGCUGUGGAUCUUGUACCUGCUCGAGAAUCCCUUGCACUCGUUCAUCGGGGAACACUCAAGCGGCAUCAACCUGACCGCUACAUACAGGAAGGACUCGGAUAUUGUGACUCCGUACGAAAAGUUCGUGCUUUUCGACCCGCUGGUGAAGACGAUCAAGCGCGACCACGACUACGGCCAGAACAAAACCAAGAUGGUCGCCUGGUUCGUUUCCAAUUGCUACGCCAGCAAUUCUCGGCUCGAAUACGCACGCAAACUGGGCGAGUACAUACAGGUGGACAUCUACGGUCAGUGCGGACCUCUUUCGUGUCCACGAGACCAGAGCGAGAGGUGCUAUGAGAUGCUGGACAUGGAGUACUUCUUCUAUCUUUCCUUCGAGAACGCCAACUGCAAGGACUACAUCACCGAGAAGUUUUUCAAUGCUCUGCGGCACAACGUGGUCCCCGUGGUGAUGGGCGCCUCCCGCGAGGAGUACCGGGCCGCGGCUCCGUACCACUCGUACAUCCACGUGGACGACUUCGCGUCUCCCAAGGAGCUGGCCGAGUACCUUCGCCUGCUCAGCAGCAAUCAUUCACUGUACAACCAGUACUUCGAGUGGAAAGGCACCGGGGAGUUCGUGAACACGUACUUCUGGUGCCGGCUGUGCGCCAUGCUGCACGCGCCGCCUCGGCCAGCGGAUAAGCAGCGCAGGACAAGCGUGCACGACUGGUGGCUAAACGGUGCCUGCAAAACGGUCACCCGCCAACCCUGA